AUGAAUUUCUAUUAUUUUUCAUUUGCAGGUGUGCCUGCCAGCAAGGAUCCUAAGCUACAAAACGACAUCAAAGAACUUCAACACAGAAUUGCCAGAAUGGAAAGAGCUUUGACCUUGGAUGGAAAGAUGGCAAUUGCUGGAAAUAAGCUGUUCACCUCAAAUGGGAAGGCAUCUGUAUAUGAGAAAACAAAAGUGACUUGCCAAGAAGCCCAUGGCUCCAUUGCAGCACCAAGGAACCUAAAUGAGAACAAAGCUAUUCAGAAGAUUGUGCAAUAUUAUAACAGUUAUGCCUAUCUGGGUGUUAUUGAGAGCAAUGAGCCAGGGAAAUUCAAUUUCUGGAAUGGGGAUCCUUUGAAUUUUACCAACUGGUACAAGAAUGAACCUUCAGGUCAAGGAACUGAAAAAUGCGUGGAAAUUUACAGCGAUGGCACUUGGAAUGACAAAAUGUGCAACAAUUACCGCCUUGUGGUCUGUGAAUUUUAAGCCCAAUCCAAGGCAACCAUUGAAUGUUCCUUAAAAGAUAACUCAAUGUGAUUCUUCUGUCAACCCCCCCCCUCC